CUUUAGUUCAAAAAACACAUAAAAGAAAUGCAAUACAAAUAAUUGAAUAAAUAUAAAAUCAUAUCGAUUUUUAUACCCAAAUCCAUUGUAAACCGUUCAACAAGUGAGUGAACAUCAAACGUGCAAAUUAUACUAACCAUACAAACGGUUACAUUACAAUUAAACACAGUUCACUUCAAGCGAGUAAAACCACGAUGAAAUAUCUGUUAAUAUCUGCUAUUGUGUUAAUCUGUGGGGCAAAUCUAAGCCGAUCGGCCAAAAUUACCCUGACCAAUGAGUACAAAAACAGCACACAAGCUGUGCUCACAGUUGACAUUACCUAUGAUGAUAACAAGGAAAAGUUUAACGGUUUAAACAUCACCAAAGAUUCACAAGUCUUCUACACCUAUGAUAAAUUAAAAUUCACCUUGCCCAAUUUGAGCACAGAGAGUUCGGGCACAUAUAAUGCCACCUUAUACUACCUUGAUUCUGGUAAACCUAAGUCCCACACCAACCAAACUGUGAUUACCGUGGCUGACAAAGAGAUUAACGCAACUAAGGCAGAAAACGCAACGCUAACGGCCAGCCCGGACAAAGUGAGCAAGGGCAAAGAUGUUAAACUAACAUGCACAUACGUUUUGGAUGGAAAGAACGAAACAUUCCGUAACCUAAGACUUUCGAAAGAUAACAAACAAGUGUUUUACAGCACAGACUUUAGUUCUUUUAGUCCGGUAAAAGGCGUGAAAGCAAAUAACGGUACUUACGAUCCAAAGGCCCGUAAAGUGGAGUAUACGCUAAAGGAUGUGACCGACGAUACGGUCGGCAAAUACCGGUGCGAAGUGGAGUACUAUAACGGAUCCGUCACUAACUAUCAUGUCUUCUCUGAAAUUACUCUUAACUCCGGUUAUCAACACUUGUUAUCUUAUUUGUUAGCCAUUCCCUAUGUCAAUUCAACAAACACCCUGAUCAAUUGUACGGCACUAUUGAAUCCGUACGGCGAGUACUUUUACAACUUAAGUAUAAGCAAAGACGGCAAACAGUUUUACAAAUACGAUAUCAACAACAAAAAAUGUGCGUUCAUCAUUAACAAUAUAAACAGGACAACUGCUGGCCGUUAUGUGUGCACUGUUCACUUCAACAAUAACCUUAACAACUACUACAAUACCCGUUCAUUCACCCUGGGCAUUCAGGUCCAUAAUGUAACAUUUAUCACCCAAACCAGUGGACCAGAUCGUGAGCACCCGUACCCACGAGUCCAUAAACAGCAUUUACAAAGUGAUGACAUGCGAGCCAUCCAAAUGAGUCGCUCUCCCGAAAACGUAACGCUAAUCAUAACUCCCCUGAAUGAAUGCGAUGAAGACGUUCACGUGGUUUGCAGCUAUAAUUUAUCGCAAAUUAACGAUAGAUUCAUUGAUAUAAGUCUCUACAAAGACAACGUGCGAUUUCUUAAGCAAUACGAUGCGGUUAGAUUUGAAUUUAGACGAUUGAAAGGCAUCGAUGCGAUCGUAAACUAUUACAACGAGAAGAGUUCGCCACAACUUUACGUUACGAUUAAAGAUCCGACAAAAUAUACGGCCGGACGGUAUGCCUGUCGCGUGACUUUUGCCAAUCAAACGCACACUUCACUCAAGUACACGGUAUCGGCCGACGCUGUGCUCGGAGGGGCCGCCCAUUUCAUCAUCUCUUACCAUAUUUCUUGCGAAUCAAUUGAAGUGAUUUUCAGACAUCAUGUCUAUGAGAAUGAUCUGAAGAAAACACUAUUCAAUUGUACCGUUAGGUUGAGGACAGACCGACAGGAAGUGGUUCACAAUCUGACCGUCAGGAAAGACAAUCACCUGUUUUACGCUUUGGACCAAAAUCAUGAGCCAAUAUUCACAAACGUGGUGGGAAUCGAGUCAAUACAGCCCAUAAGCCCCGGGAAGUUUGUUAUAAGCAAUCCUAACAUAACAACUGGUGGCGAAUAUGUCUGUGCCGUUGAUUAUGAAAUAAAUGGCAAAAAUGGUCACAAAGAGACCAAAAUGCCGAUAACUAUCACUCAUAACCUAACCAUUAAGACCUCGCAGAAGAGUAGCAAACAUAAUAAGUCAACUGUUAGUCCGGUUAACACAUUGAUUACAGGCAAUCCCACCACCACUACAGAUUCAGGUACUAACCAAGACACUAUUUCGCUCAAUCCCAGCCCUAUAGAACCUGGUGUUAGCACCAUGCCAAAUAUGCAUAAUUUACUACAAUCAACACAAACACAUUUACCAUCUUUACCAAUUCACACCGAUUCUAACCUUAAUGGACUUGAAAUCAACGAGACCAACGAUAGGCCCAUCAGAAUCACUGACACAAUAAUUGAGUCAAUAGAAACCAUCACCGAUUCUGUGCCAUUAUUACCCCAAUCAACACUUGUGUUCAAUGAAUCCAUAAACAAUAGCACAGAAUUCACGCCUAACCCCUCAUUUGAAUCAAAUAUACCCACAAUAACCAUACAAAAUAUGACAACACAAAUGCCCUCACAUUCCAUACAAACCACACUAAAAAUAAUUAAAAUUAUUGGAAAACCCACACAAAUUACAAUGAAAUCUACACAACAAAAGGCAAGUGGUAUUAAAAGUACCAAAAUGAAAGUUACCUUGACAACAUUACCGGCAACAAGUUUAUUACAUAGUUUAGUAACUGAUAAACCAAACACAACAGUUAAAAGUGUGGUCACAACACAAAGUACUACAACAGAAAGCAGUGUCCAAACAAUUACUGAUAUAUUAGAUAAAGAUCUGGAUAUAAAUUUUGAUAAAGUUAACGUUAGUUUUGCAUUCAAUACAAACAAAGUGUGUGAAGGUAGUGAUGCAUACUUAACAUGCUCAUUUGAUACGUCCGUUAAAUCGCUUCAAUUUAGUGAAUUUAACAUUUAUAAAGGCGAGCACCUAUUUUUGCGCCAGGUCAAUGAAACAUUUUAUGAACGCAAUUAUGUAAAAGGCUUAGAAAAAGUGGAGAACAUAUACAAGUCUAGUAAUCAUUUGGUUUAUGUGAGAAUCGCCAAUGUAAAACACGAUACGUACGGUGACUAUUCGUGCAAGGCCACUUACAUGGCCAAUAAUUACGGAGAGCGCCAAUUCAGUGUGAUAGCUCAUUCAUAUUUGGAGCUAUCGAGUUUUGCAUCCCAUUUAUUUCCCUCAUAUAUUAUUUCAUUAACGAUUGCAUUGAGAAUU